AUGUACUGGGUCUCCAAGCUCCUUGCCCUUGCGGCGACAGGUGCUUUGGGGACGAAUGCGAUGGAGGCCUCGAUCUUCAAGUUUCCAUCUCCUUCUGGGCUGGAUAUGGACUCAGGAUCUGUGACGGUGUCGGAGAAUUUUGCACAGCUUGCCUUGAAGAUUCGUGUGGAAUCUUCUCUAGCAUCAGUUCUCAGCGGCAUGGAGGCUGAAGUGGACCUCCUGGACCAAUUCGCUGCUACUCAAUCACCUCUUUUCGGUAGCAACCAUGCGGUACCUAGUAGAAGUUUGGUUAUUCUUGAGGGAUUUGAUGGAGAGGCCGGCAUGAGCAUGCGCAAGAUGCAACUGCCCAACCUCUUCGUACCCAGUGCCUCUUACAACUUGGUUGACGGGCCAUUUGCAUCUCUCGUGGAAGGCAAGGAUAAAGGCAUCCACUGCGUAUACCAACAGGGUGAUGGCGAGAUAAAGUCUACUCAGACCGCCAGGGACUGCCUUUCCAAGGACCCGGUUCUUGCUCUUGGUCAGAACUUGUUCGAUCAGGAUCUUCUGGAUCUGAUCGAUUCGGUGGAGACAUGGGUCAGCAAGGACCAAAAGACAACCGCUUCUCGAUUAUCAUUCAAGGCGUCACCCAGUGGAAAACUUCUUGAUAGCCAGAUCAUAGGGUCUAUUUUCCAGGACCUGGCAAAGUUAUCCUCCGCCGAAAACUGGGAUGCCACAGCUGUGCUCCUUGCCACCUCGAAGCAUGACUCGGGGGCCCGUCGGAAUAUCUUCCAGCGAGACCAGAAAUUGUGGGCAGAAUCAACAACAUUUGUCUCUGAGGCACAAGAUGACCUUCAAAUGUCAUCACGGGACUUGUCCCUGCACUCGAACCUCGCCCCUGUUUGCCAUGCUUCGAACUCAUCUUGUGCAGAGGCAACCAACAACUGCUCUGGGCAUGGGUACUGUUAUCUGAAAUAUGAAUCUGGUGGCGAGACGACCGCCGGCAAUUGUUACGCAUGUCGCUGCCAAGAGACUGUGGUGCGCAAGAAGGACGGCACCACCCAGAAGAUUCAAUGGGGUGGGCCAGCGUGCCAGAAAAAGGAUAUCAGCUCACCUUUCUUCUUGAUAGCCGGGGUUAGUGUCUUUGCUAUCAUGAUGGUAAGUAGCGUAGUUGGAAUGUUGUUCAGCAUGGGCCAACAAGAGCUGCCUAGCGUGAUUGGAGCUGGAGUGGGUGGAUCGAAAGCGCAGACAUGA